GGGCACAUGUACCCACAUGUACUUUGCAGGGGCGGACUGGCCAUCUGGACGUUCUGGAGAAAUCCAUCAAACGGCAUCGGUCUGCUGAUUCAUCAUCAUCAAAAAAGUGUCAGAUAAAGUGACAGCUGAUUUCAAAUAUUUGAAAUAUAAGUCCCGUAAAGUUUGCUUUCAGUUUAAUACUAUCUCCAACCAGGAGAGGUCGCUAGUUUCCAGCUGCUCCCCCUGUAGUCAUUUCAGUGUAGGUCUUGCACUCUAAUGUAAACAUUCACUAACAUUCGCAAAUAAUAAAUGAAAAACUGACCAUGAAAACAAUAUUUUCCAGUCAAGAUGGUAAACAGAUUAUCUUUUUACCAAGUUCAAGGGGAUACUUAUAUGUUUGGAGUGUUUGGAAAUCUGUUAUUUAAAUCCCCAUCACAUCUCUGCGAACAAACUGCAAAGACACCAGAGUUUCACUUGCCUCAAAUUUCAAAGAAUGGCAGAAUUGGACUACCUCGACGACACCUGCCUUCUCUGUGCAGACACCCAGCGAGACCCUGUCACCGUCCCGUGUGGAGACACCUUCUGCCUGGAGUGCAUUAAGAUCUACUGGGACCAUUCUGACCACCUCGGUGUUUACAGCUGUCCGCAGUGCCAGGCGACCUUCACUCCUCGACCCAUACUGAGGCGUAAUGUACCCCAUGUAGGCAACCCGGAGCCUCGGCCCCCCCGGCACGAGCUCACCCCAUUUCCGUACUUCAAGCGUGAUGCUCUGUGUGAUUUCUGUACCGGUCGGCGGAACAAAGCAGUGAAGUCGUGCCUGAUGUGCCUGGCUUAUUACUGCGAGACACACAUCAAACCUCAUUAUGAAUCAGCCACAUUUAAACGGCACAAACUGGUGGAUGAGACGGGACACCUGGAUCGGAAGAUCUGCCCACAGCAUGAAAAAGGCUUAGAGCUUUUCUGCCGCUCAGACCAGAUGUGCAUCUGUGUUCUGUGUACAGUGAGAGAACAUCGCAGUCACAACAUAGUCAGCGCAGAUGAUGAACGCACAGAGAAACAGAAGGUCUUGGUGGGAACUCAGACAGAGGUUCAGCACAUUAUCCAGGAUCGGAUGAAAGAACUUCAAGAACUCAGACACAAUGUAGAUGUUCUCAAGGGAAAUGCACAGCGGGCUCAGACUGACAGUGAUAAAAUCUUCAGCGAAAUGCUACAGGCGGUAGAGCGCUGGCAUGCUGAGAUAAGCCAACUCAUACAGGCCAACCUACAGGCCUCCAUGAAUCAGGCACAGGGUUAUGUAGAGAGACUUGACCAAGAGAUCAUGGAGCUUCAGAAGAGAGACGCUGAGCUACGCCAAAUACUGGACACAGAGGACAACAUUCACUUCCUACAGAAUUUCCCCACACUAUCUGUUGCACCGGAGCCCAUGGUGCCCAAAGUGCUGAUAAACCCAGAGUUUUCCUUUAGUGAGAUCGCCAAGACCGUCUCUGACAUGAAGGAACACCUGGAUGACAUCUGCAAAAAAGAGCUGGGAAACAUCUCCAAACGAGUGCGUGAUGCCUCAAUCUAUAUCCUGAUUCCAAGAUCUGGAGGACGUUUGAAUGCUAACAUAAAAACGGAUUUGCCAGAGCCUAAAACAAGACUGGAUUUCCUCAGAUAUUCUUGCAAGCUUACAUUUGAUCUCAACACUGCCUAUAAAGAGCUGGUCCUUUCAGACGGGAAUCGCCGGGUGAUCCGGAAAAGAACAACCCAGUUCUACCCAGAUCACCCGGAGAGGUUUGAUGGCUUUUGCCAGAUCCUGUGUGAGGAGCCACUCAGUGGAAUACGGCACUACUGGGAAGUAGAGUGGAAUGGUGAAUUUUCCAUUGGAGUUGCCUACAAGAGCAUUAGCCGCAAAGGCAAGAACUCAAACAGCCUUCUGGGAUACAAUGAUAAAUCCUGGAGCCUCCUAUGCUCAGACUCGGGAUACUCCGCCUGGCACAAUAAGAUGGAUAAAGAUCUGCCGGGAGCAGCUCGUGCCUCACGGAUUGGUGUGUAUCUGGAUUACGCUAGAGGAUCUGUGUCCUUUUACUCUGUGUCUGAGACAAUGGAGCUCAUCCACAGAUUUCAGGCCAAGUUCUCAGAACCACUGUAUGCUGGGUUUGGCGUUGGAUCUUCAGUAACUCUGUGUAUGCUAGAGAAGAACAACCGAACAUACCGCCAAUAGGUUCUGAGCUAAACUUUGUCCCCAAGUUCUUUAAGAUUAAUUUGCAUAAAGGAAAUGUCCACUGUUAGGACUCUUUGCAUUGUAACUAUUAAUAUUCUCAGGAGAAUUAGGCUCAUUUUACCACCAAAUUCUUAUUGCUGUAAUUCAAAAUACAUACUGUCAUUCUUACAGGAAAAGAUACUGAUACUGCCUUUUCAGUAAAUUUGUUAGAAAUUAAAAUAAUGGACACACCGUGCUUACAAUUCCCACAGCCUUGAUUUAAUUUCUUUUCAGACAUGAAAUAUAGCGCUGGUAAUUAUAAUAAUCAUUUAAAUAGAAUGGAAAUGGGUGUUAAAUGGGACUUGGACUUUUUCUAAUUUUUGUAAGAUUCUAAAAAUUAAAAUUGCAGUAAAGUUUGUUUAAAAAUAACAAACCUGGCAUUAAGUGUCACUUCAAAACCUGCAGCCAAUCAAUAUUAAUACACAUUCUGCAAUCUUUGAGUUUAGAUGAGACAGACGAUGCAGCUAUAUAAUGAGAAAAAUUGUGUAUUUGAGUGAUUAUGAGCAUUUGCAAAUAAAACAAACCUUCUUGUCAUUAUUGUUUAUUGUGCAUUGGAAGGGUUUCUAGGAGAUUUUCAGUCAUUUCACCCAUCACCAAGUAAACAGAAAUAUAUACAGAUGAAAGGUACAAUCUCUCGCUCUCUUUCUUUAUACUUGGAUUAGAAACAUUCUAAUGCAAAUUCAUC